CAAACAGUGAUCAGGUCAAGGGAGGGACUUGUCGGAAUACUGGUGUGAAGAAAAAAUAACUCGUGCUGGACCCUUGAUUACUCAUUCCGUCCAGGUACAGCGGAAGCCAACCGACCUGAGGUGCUCCGCUCCGCUAUUCCUGUGUGCGCGCGCCAGAUUAUCGGUUGAUCUCGAGCAGCGUUAUUAUCGUGCCUCUUUUGCAGCAGCAGCCGCCGCGUCUGUGCCUCACAGGGAAUUACAGGAGUGGGAAUGCGUAUUAAAUGAGCGCUCUUGUGUUUCAGUGCACUCGCGCGGGGAAAUGAUGCAUUGAGGACGGGCGUUUUAUCUUGCGAGCUCCAUUACACCCACCUCAAAAGGCGAAGCAUCACAAAUGGCGACUCUCUUGCGAAAAAUUGGGCUCAUUCGUCUGCACGACCGAGACACGGAGGACCCAAAGCAUCACCACCACCAGGGCUCACUGAAAGGGACUAAAGGCAACCAGAAAAACAACAACACGAAGCACUGCAACACCAGCAACGAGACCAACAACAUCCUCAGCACGCCCGAAAUCAAAGCCAGGCGCUUCGACGUGUCCGGCAAGGACAAGCCAGCCGUCAAGCAGGACAAACCGAGCAAGGACACGAAGGAGAAGCAGCAAACGGCAGGCAGCAAAGCGACGAGCGGCUCCGUUAUGCCCCCGCCGGCGGCCAACCGACAGCACUGCACCCAGGUGCGGACGCGGAGGCUGAUGAAGGAGCUGCAGGAGAUCCGGCGGCUCGGCGACAACUUCAUCACGGUGGAGCUGGCGGACGAUAACCUCUUUGACUGGAAUGUCAAGCUGCACCAGGUGGACAAGGACUCCGCGCUCUGGCAGGACAUGAAGGAGACCAACACCGAGUUCAUACUGCUGAAUGUCACCUUCCCCGACAAUUUCCCCUUCUCCCCGCCGUUCAUGCGCGUCCUGACGCCGCGGCUGGAGAACGGAUACGUGCUGGACGGCGGCGCGAUCUGCAUGGAGUUAUUAACGCCCCGCGGCUGGUCGAGCGCGUACACCGUCGAGGCCGUGAUGAGGCAGUUCGCUGCCAGUCUGGUCAAAGGACAGGGUCGUAUCUGCAGGAAAGCAGGCAAGUCUAAGAAGGCCUUUAGUCGCAAGGAAGCCGAGGCGACCUUCAAGAGCCUUGUCAAGACCCACGAGAAGUACGGUUGGGUGUCCCCUCCCGUGUCCGACGGCUGAUGUCAGCAUCUUCGACGGCGAUCCCGACAUGGCUUUUUUCAGUUGGGUUUUCUUCUUUUUCAUCAUCAAACUUAACUACGAAAAAAAACAAGCUAGCGCAUCAUAUCUUACACAUGAACGUGGCACAUUCACCAUCACUCCGUCCCUCACUCUUUUCCAUCGAGGUGCCAUGGACCGAACACUCGCUGCGACAUCACAAUUACUCAUGAGUGGGCGUCACCGCAGCUACAUACAGCUAUGGACUCUGGAUACGAUUGAGGCUCCAAGCAAAGUUAAAUGUGCACCAUUCCUAUAUCCUUGUCUAUAUGUCUGUGUUGCCUCUGUCUAUAUUUUCCCCCAUCCAUCCCUCUUUCCUUUUAUAGCUGACAAUGCAUUGCACUGAACAGCAUCAGAAUUGCCCCCAUUUACAUGCAAAUGACUUUGUUAACACUUAAUAGAUAAGCAGAUCAUUACACUACAUUUGAGGUUCCGUUUCUCUGGUUUCCUCCUCAUUGGCUGUGCUGUUUUUCACGGUUGGAUGCAACAUGAUGAUUGUAAUUUAUGUAGAGCUGUGCUCUUUCUAUUCCUCCGUACGCGUGGCAAAAUUUAGACAUCACUGUGUUGCGUAGAUGGUCAUUGAUUUCCAAUGGAGAAUAAAUACUCUAGGGCUUUGUUCAGACAGGCAGCAAAUAUCGGAUUUUUUUGCGACUUAGAUUCCGAACGUCCAUAUGUGCAUUGAAAUCCAACAUUUUAAGAUCUAAAUCAAUCAUUUUGUGACUCGAGUAGUGAACAAGUGCACAAAUCAGCAGUUUUGGACACAGUAUAUGCAUGAAUGCGUAAAAAUGCCUCUUGUGAGUCCAGCACCGCCACGAGAUGCCAUGAUAGACAGUGAGCAGAGGCAAAAUUCCCAGUUUUCCAUCCUGUCUUUCCACACUGACAGCUGCUCUCAGUUGUCAUAUGAGAAAGUCUGGCAUCGUGCUGACGCUUGCAUCACUACAGUGGUAACCGAAGUAGAUACAUCGGAUAUCGACUACACAGUCUGAACAAAUGCAUCACUUAAAAAACGAUUGGAUUGAUGUGCGGUGUGAACAAAGCCUUCAUUGCUUAUGCAGAGGUCUAAGAUUAAAAAAAAUGUGAAGCACCUCUGUUGGUCAUUCUAUUAUUUGUUUUCGGAGAAGACCAAAAGCUCUUAAUUCUAAUGAUUUAGAUACCAGAUGGCAUUAACGAAUGUCAGCGUCCCAAUGGGAUCUUAGUAUUGGCGGGAGAGAGGCGCAUGUGACAGACAUGGUGAUGUUUGCACAUGAGAUGUUGAGCGGUUGUCUCCAUGGAGCACCGAGCGACAGGACUACAGCACCAACAUUAGACUAAUACCGUAACUUGGCACCGUCACAUGCCGACGCCCCAAACACGAUCAAACAUUAAUUGUGCUGAUUCGCUUGUACUAUUUCGGCUCAUCGAUCGAUACGCUCGUAGUUGUGGGCCUGAUUCCUCCACCUUGCACUGACUCUGCAUCACUGUGCUGUGUACUUGAUCAAUACUAGACUAGAACAACAGGACAAAAUGGCCGACGGCCCAGGAUGUAAGAGUGGAAACGUCGCUCUUGAAUCGUGUCGGCUUCAAACCUGGACUGUGGUGGCUGGUGCCGCCACUGUUGACGAGAGCCAGAUGAAGAAGGACAGAGAGAGAGAGAGACGCUGAGGGGGCGACUCCUUUGUUCUGAAACCUUGAGGAAUGAGGGCGUCUCGUUUAGUUGCCUGAUUGAUGCUCAGAGAGAGAGCCGCAGCUCGACGCCUUGAUGUUUAUUGACUUCUCCUUCAAAUGUCAGCGUGAAUCCAGAACGCCUCAGACUGCAUCUUGUGAGUGAUGAGAUGUAGAAGAGCUCUGUUUAUUUUAGACCCCACCCUACCCAUGGCGCUCUCCACACCGUGUGUGAAAUACAAACAACAUGAUAGCCGAAUAGAGGCGACACUUUGGGCAUUUAAAAAAAAUAAUUGUCAUUUUCUUACCUUUGUGUCAAUUAAAACCAAUAUGGCGUUAGAUCUGUGGUGAAACACAAAUUAAGAAAUGCUGAAGGGUGUAUUAGAUGCUCUUUUCCAGAACAUUAUUGAUUUCUUCUGAGGACAUACAACAAGGAAGGACCAAAAAUUAAGAUAAUAAGUAAAAAGUCAUGCUCUUCACUGUCUGCUUUGAUCCAAAUGUGGUGCAUUUAAACUCCACAAGUCAUAUUUGAUGUAGAGGUGGAAUGAUAAAUCGAUUCGUGGAAUGAUUCUGUGAUUAGUUUUUUAACAGCAGAUGGCGUAAGGCUGCACGAUUAAUCGAAAGCGAUUGUCAUGCGCAUUUUGUCAGUAAAGCUGGUUGUGUAAUCAGUGGUAAAUCUCCAGGAGGUGCUUUCAGAUGGAGCAGCAUUUACUACACAGAGCCGUAGUUCACUGACAAGCUACGCUAUAUCGCAUGCACUAUCGCAGACGAUUUAAUCAUGCGAUUAUGAAAUCAGAAAAAAACGUUCGCGAUAAUGACAGCUGUUUGCGUAGCUUCUUAGGGAACUAUGGCUCUGUGAAAAUUAAAAUAAGAAGAAUUCAGAUACAUUGCUGUAGUCAUGUGUUUAUAAGUCACGUUAGAUCAAUGAAAGCAGUUAAAUCUUAUGUUUAUUCACCUGCAGUGACAGGCAGUUUCUGGGUUUCUUCUUCAGGCAUAUUUGGGUUUUCCGCACGAGAGCUCCCUCUGGCCUUCGGAUGGAGAUUUACUGCUGAUUACACAACCAUGCUUCACUGAAAGAUAGGCAUGACAAUUGCAGCUUUUGAUGAAUUCAUUUCGAUUUAUUGUGCAGCCGGAAGAUGGCGCUCUAAUCUAGUUUUAAUCGCACACUCAAAUGCUCACGAAGAGCGUUUGUGCGUUUAACUGAGUAAUGUAAGUGGUUAAAUGUACUUGCACCUCAGAUGCAUUCGGAAAAAUACAGAAUCUAUCAACGAAUCGAUUUAUUGUUCCACCCCAGUGCCAUCAAAGUCAUUGACAUGGUCAAUCCUUAUUGAUUUUAAAGUAUGAAUAUGUAGAAAUGCAUAUGGGAAGAUAACACAAGAUCCCACCUUUUUAUAGGAUUUUGGAUUUUGUUGGCCACUCAAUGUUAUCAUCAGAAGUAGGGAUGCACGAUUAACCGAGAUUUCCAUUGUGCAUUUUGUCAGUAAAGCAGGUUCUGUAAUCUGCUUUCAGAUGGAGCAGCAUUUACUACACAAAGCCAUAGUUCACUGAUAGGUCACGCAAAAAACAUUGCAGACAAUAUUAUUGCACAAAUGUGAAAUCGAAAGAAAUCAUUUGCGAUAAUGACAGCUGUUUGCGUAGCUUCUCAGUGAACUAGUGGCUCUGUGUAGUACAUCUGAAACUAUAUGAAAAUACCACAUUUAAUAACGUUUUUACUCCAAACUCACUCCAUAACGUCAAUCGAGUGUUUGAAAUAAAUCCUUCUGUGAGAUGAUGUGGCUUCUUACACAGAAUAAGGCACACAACAUAUUUCAUAGUAUAGAUUUAUAGUAAAGAUACAGUAUAGAUUUACUGCUGAUCACAGAACCGUGCUUCACUGAAAGAAACGCAUGACAAUUGCAGAUUCUGCUUAAUUGUGAUUGCGAUUUCGUUUCAAUUUAUCGUACAGCCCUAUUUGGAAGUGUAAAACAUUGCGCAUGUGACACUUGACCAAUAUAAUGAUGCUUUUGUGGUGCAUUUUGUCAUUUUGGAGCUUGAUAGAAUCAUUCCCUAUCAGUAUUAAUUAUAUGGAAAAGAGCAGCAGUUACAUUCUUCAGAAUAUCUUCUUUUUUGUUUUCUAGAAGAAAGUCAGUCAUACAUGUUUGGGUGCAUAAACUAUGACUGAUUUUUCAUUUUUGGGUGAAAUAUUCACUUAAAAUGAUGCCUCAAGGUUGGAAAAGUCAAAUGUCCUUGUUGUGAGAUGCGUUUCAUGAUAUUUUGAGGAUAGUCUUCUCCAGACAUGGAAACAGCAUGUGCCAAAAGCUUAAUGUACAUUGUCAUCAUUUCCUUGUGUGUUUUCUUGUGUGUAACUGCUGCGCUCUCGGUAGAUUUCAAAUGUCACACAAGACGCUGCUAAUUAUUAUGGCAUUUGAACAAAAGAAAAAAGAAAAAAAAAUGAUGAAGACACUGAUGUAUAAAUGAUAAAAGCAGAAAUGCUGAUGCCCUGAAGGCAGAUGGAGGGGAAACAACACCGUUGAUUCGUUACUGGUAUUUAUUUCUGUCUAGUAGCUUUUUGUGUUAUUGAUAUUAAAGGUUAUCCAAUACAAUGAAUGGUGAAUGUGCAGCGCUUCAAAAGGCAAUCCAGUGGCAAGCACUAUUUUGCUGUAUAGAGUGAUCGUUUUAUCCUGUCAUCGAAAUGAAAUACACGCUGAUCACCGGAGAACCUGUAGUUUGUGUUCGCAUCACUGCAGCGAUUGUAAAAUUAUCGUUGAUUUCUGUGUCUGGUCGCAGAUGGUAUCUCUUAUCACUACUGAA